AUGAGUUCGAGCACAAAUUUAUUCAUAACCCUCAUCCGCACCCAUCACAUAACCAGUCGCAAGAAGCUCGCGCGCGUCAAGAAAGCCGCUGCUCUCAAUAGUCUGCACGUGAUCGUACGAAGUGGCGGUUCGCCCGGCAUCAUGUACGCCGAGGGGCCAGCCGAGGCCGUUGUGAAUGAGUGGGUCAGCUUCGUCCAGGCUUUACGAUAUAAAGACUUUCAGUGUGCGCGAAAGCCGUUGGCUCACCCGGUUCGAGCAUCUGUGACGUUCAAGCACAGUGGUGGUUUUGAAGAGCUCGCUUCUGUAGCAGAGUUUGGCGAAAGGAUGGAGCAACGAGGCCUUGGUGGCUGGUGGAGAAUCGGGAUGGGCUACGAGGCAUCCGAUUGA